UAUAUAUGUGUGUGUAUAUACACAUACACACGUACAUCGAUUGGCUUCCUCAUUCAUCUUCCCAACUUCCACUGAUCUGUCUUUCUCGGUCUGAGUAGAUAAAGCGAAUUAAGAUUGCCGAAUUGCGGUAAAAUCUUUCAGAGAAGAUGGGCGAAGAUGGAGAGAAAGCGAAGAAAGCGGCGAAUCAGAAGGUUGCAUUCUACCGGCUGUUUUCGCUCGGCGACCGGCGAGACAUGGCGCUGAUGAGCGUCGGCACCGUAUGCGCCGUCGCCAAUGGCUUGGUUCAGCCCCUCAUGACGCUGAUUUUCGGCACUCUCAUCAACUCCUUCGGCAGCUCCGAUCGCGCUCGCGUUGUUCAUGAAGUUUCCAAGGUGUCUCUAAAGUUUGUGUACUUGGCAAUCGGAUCGGGCAUUGCUUCAUUCCUACAGGUGUCGUGCUGGAUGGUUACCGGAGAAAGGCAGGCAGCGCGGAUCAGGGGACUGUACCUGAAGACGAUACUGAGACAGGACAUCGCGUUCUUCGACACAGAAACCACCACAGGAGAGGUCAUAGGCAGGAUGUCGGGCGACACCAUCCUAAUCCAAGACGCCAUGGGAGAGAAGGUCGGCAAGUUUAUACAGCUCCUGUCAACAUUUGUUGGAGGCUUCAUCAUCGCCUUCGUAAAAGGCUGGCUGCUCACCCUUGUCCUGCUUUCCUGCAUUCCGGCUCUAGUAUUAGCCGGAGCUUCCAUGGCGAUAAUCAUGACCAAAAUGUCCAGCCGCGGCCAAGUAGCAUAUGCUGAGGCCGGCAAUGUUGUCGAACAGACAGUGGGAGCCAUUAGAACAGUGGCAUCCUUCACCGGGGAGAAGCUCGCGAUAGAGAAGUACAACCGCAAGCUGAAGGUCGCCUACGCUGCUACUGUUAAACAAGGGCUCGCAUCCGGGUGUGGAUUGGGUACUUUGCUGAUGAUCAUUUUCAGCUCCUAUGGACUGGCCAUAUGGUAUGGAUCAAAGCUCAUCAUAACAAAAGGCUACAAUGGCGGAGAAGUAAUGAACGUUAUCAUGGCUGUCAUGACCGGUGGCAUGUCACUGGGGCAGACAUCCCCGUGUUUGAAUGCGUUCGCAGCAGGGCAAGCUGCAGCAUACAAGAUGUUCAAGACCAUCAAGCGUAAACCACUGAUCGAUGCCUAUGACACCAGUGGGAUAAUAAUGGAGGACAUCAAGGGGGAAAUUGAACUGAAAGACGUGUAUUUCAGAUAUCCGGCUAGGCCUGACGUUCAGAUAUUCUCGGGAUUCUCAUUGCAGGUCGCAAGCGGCACAACUGCGGCUCUAGUUGGGCAGAGUGGAAGUGGAAAGUCGACUGUUAUCAGUUUACUGCAGAGGUUCUAUGAUCCUGAGGCUGGUGAAGUGCUUGUGGAUGGUGUGAAUUUGAAGAAGUUUCAGGUCAAAUGGUUAAGAGAGAAGAUGGGCCUGGUAAGUCAGGAACCUAUUUUGUUCACCACUACGAUUAAGGAAAACAUAGCAUAUGGGAAGGAAAAUGCUACCAGUGAGGAGAUUAGAACGGCCAUUGAGCUUGCUAAUGCUGCUAAGUUCAUUGACAAGCUGCCACAGGGGCUUGACACUAUGGUAGGAGAGCAUGGAACUCAACUAUCCGGGGGACAGAAGCAAAGAAUAGCAAUUGCACGAGCCAUCCUGAAGAACCCAAAAAUCCUUCUUCUCGAUGAAGCAACCAGCGCUCUAGAUGCGGAAUCAGAACGCAUUGUGCAAGAUGCACUGACAAAAAUCAUGUCAAACAGGACAACAGUUGUGGUUGCACACCGCUUGACAACAGUGAGGAACGCGGACCUUAUAGCAGUGGUAGAAGCUGGUAAAAUUGUGGAGCAAGGAACUCAUUCUGAGCUCAUCAAGAAUCCUGAUGGGGCUUAUUCCCAGCUCGUUCACUUACAGGAGGGGACUAAGAAUGCUGAGGAGGAGCAUCAGAUGGAGAAAGACAACGUGGAUUUUAAUUGGGAUGGAGAUGUAACAAUGGGUAGGUCAGCAAGCCAGAGAUUAUCCAUGAGGAGAUCCAUAAGCAGAGGUUCAUCAAGUAGUCGGCACUCCUUUACAAUCAGCUAUGGACUUUCUGCCCCGAUUGGGAUCCAAACUGAAAUAGAAGGAGAGGAGAUUGACCAUAAAACCGAGUCCGAAGAGGGGAAACGUCACCGUGUAUCCCUUAAACGGUUAGCCUACCUUAACAAACCUGAGCUCCCAGUUCUGGUGCUUGGAUCUAUUGCUGCAGGAGUACAUGGUGUCAUCUUCCCUGUAUUUGGGCUUCUCCUCUCAUCAGCCAUUAAAAUUUUCUUCGAACCUCCAAGUGAGCUAAAGAAAGACUCAAGGUUCUGGGGCUUAAUGUUUGUGACCCUGGGUUGUAUUACUCUGAUCGCCAUUCCAAUCCAGAACUAUUUCUUUGGAGUUGCAGGUGGUAAACUAAUACAACGAAUUCGCUCCUUGUCAUUUGAGAAGGUUGUUCACCAAGAAGUCAGUUGGUUUGAUGACCCCAAAAACUCAAGCGGUGCAAUUGGUGCAAGGUUAUCUACAGAUGCUUCGACUGUUCGGAGUCUUGUGGGUGAUGCCUUGGGUCAAGUUGUCCAGAAUAUAACAACAAUUGUAGCAGGUCUGGUGAUAUCAUUCACUGCCAACUGGAUGUUGGCACUCAUAGUUCUAGCUGUUCUGCCCUUUGUGGGUCUUCAAGGAUUCUUUCAAAUGAAAUUCCUAAAAGGAUUCAGUAAAGAUGCAAAGUUGAUGUAUGAAGAUGCCAGCCAAGUUGCAAACGAUGCGGUUGGUAGCAUCAGAACUGUUGCAUCGUUUUGUGCUGAGAAGAAAGUAAUGGACAUGUAUCAGAAGAAAUGCGAGGCCCCAAUGAAGAAUGGAGUUAGGAUUGGGCUUGUGAGUGGUACCGGUUUUGGCUUCAGUUUAUUUGCACUCUACUGCACGAAUGCCUUUGUUUUCUAUAUUGGAUCUAUUCUGGUGCAACAAGGGAAAGUAACAUUUGGAGAAGUUUUUAAGGUUUUCUUUGCUUUGACUAUUGCAGCAAUGGGGGUUUCCCAGAGCACUGCGUUGGCCCCCGACGCCAACAAAGCCAAGGAUUCCGCUGCCUCCAUCUUUGAAAUCCUCGACAGAAAGCCCAAAAUUGAUUCAAGCAGUAAUGAGGGUACAACCCUGGCAACUGUAAACGGAAACAUUGAGUUCAAACAUGUCAGUUUCAAGUACCCAACAAGACCUGAUAUUCAAAUUUUCAGGGAUUUAUGCUUGACCAUUCCGUCUGGGAAGACUGUUGCUCUUGUCGGGGAAAGCGGGAGUGGGAAGUCCACAGCGAUCAGCCUAAUAGAGAGGUUCUACGAUCCCGACUCUGGCCGUGUAUGUCUGGACGGAGUGGAGAUUCAGAAGCUGAAACUAAGCUGGCUGAGGCAACAGAUGGGAUUGGUAAGCCAAGAACCAAUACUGUUCAAUGAAACAAUCCGAACAAACAUAGAAUAUGGCAAGCCGGGAGAUGUUACAGAGGAAGAGAUCAUUGCAGCAUCAAAGGCAGCAAAUGCUCACAACUUCAUAUCGGCACUGCCACAUGGAUAUGAAACCAACGUUGGGGAAAGAGGCGUGCAGCUCUCUGGAGGGCAGAAGCAGCGGAUAGCCAUCGCUCGUGCAAUAGUAAAGGACCCCAAGAUCCUCUUACUCGACGAAGCUACAAGCGCAUUGGAUGCAGAGUCCGAGCGCGUGGUACAAGAUGCAUUGGACAGAGUGAUGGUGAACAGAACGACUGUGGUUGUCGCUCACCGGCUAACCACAAUCAAAGGCGCUGAUGUGAUAGCAGCAGUGAAGAAUGGUAAGAUUGCAGAGAAGGGAACUCAUGAUGAGCUUAUGAAGAUAGUAGAUGGGGCUUAUGCAUCCCUAGUAGCACUUCACAUGACUUCCUCAACAUGA